UAAUCUAAUCCAUCAAUGUCACUCUCUGUAUGCUAUCUUUUAGCACGCACAGUGGUGUAGGAAAAGAUAACUACCUUCCUUCCCCAAAUAAUACGGCUUGUGGAACGAUCUCUAUAAUUGGAAAGUUGAAGAAACAAAGAAACAAAGUAUUAUAUAUACAAGGGAUCUCUAAUCUUAAUGAAUACCAUUACAUUUACACAAACUCUUAUCAUGGCGGAAAAUCAACAACCUCAAGUUAUUGAAAAGAAUUUGGAACUUGAUGAUGAUGGAAGACCUAGAAGAACUGGGAAUGUAUGGACAGCAACAACACACAUAAUAACAGUGGUAGUUGGGGCAGGAGUGUUGGCUCUAGCAUGGGCCAUGGCUCAACUAGGAUGGAUAGCUGGUAUAGCCAGUAUAUUGAUCUUUGCAUCCAUUUCUGUUUUCACUUACAGUCUUGUAGCAGAUUGCUAUAGAUAUCCAGACCCUGUCCUUGGCAAGAGAAAUUAUACUUAUAUGCAAGCUGUCAAGGUCUACUUAGGUGGAACGAUGCAUGUGAUUUGUGGAUUGAUUUUGUAUGGAAAGCUUGCUGGGAUCACAGUUGGCUACACAAUAACUUCAGCCACAAGCUUGGCAGCAAUAAACAAAGUUAUUUGCGUCCACAAUAAAGGACCUGAUGCUGAUUGCAGAAGUUCUUAUAAUCCCUACAUGAUUGGUUUUGGGACAUUGCAACUUUUCUUGUCUCAAAUUCCAAACUUUCACAAACUGACGUGGAUAUCAACUGUUGCUGCUAUCACCUCAUUUGGUUAUGUGUUCAUUGCAAUCGGUCUUUGUCUUUCAAUCCUUCUCCCAGGACAGGGGGCACAUACCAGCAUAACCGGAACAAAAAUUGGGCCAGAACUAUCGGCGGCAGAUAAAGUGUGGAGGGUUUGCAGUUCAAUGGGAAACAUAGCACUUGCUAGCACUUAUGCUACUGUUAUUUACGACAUAAUGGACACCUUAAGGUCAGAUCCACCAGAAAGUAAACAAAUGAAAAGGGCUAACAUAAUAGGGGUGUCAACCAUGACAAUGAUAUUCCUACUUUGUAGUUGUCUUGGCUAUGCUGCUUUUGGUGACCAGACACCAGGAAACAUUUUUGCUGCAUUUUAUGAGCCCUAUUGGAUAGUUGCUCUUGGAGAUGCAUUUAUAAUAAUCCACAUGAUUGGGGCAUAUCAGGUGAUGGGUCAACCAUUCUUUCGCGUAGUUGAAAUGGGUGCAAAUAUCAUGUGGCCCAACUCAAAUUUCAUAAACAAAGACUAUCUGGUUAAAGUGUGCGGCGUAACAAUCAAUUUAAACUUGUUUAGGCUAAUUUGGAGGACGAUAUUUGUGAUACUAGCAACAAUUCUUGCCAUGGCAAUGCCAUUUUUCAAUCAAGUUCUUUCACUGCUAGGAGCAAUCGGGUUCGGACCUUUAGUUGUCUUUUUCCCUAUACAAAUGCACAUUGCUCAGAGACAAAUAAAAGCACUAUCAUUGAGGUGGUGUGCUCUUCAAUCUUUGAAUUGUCUUUGUAUGCUUGUCUCAUUGGCUGCUAUAGUUGCUUCAAUUCAUGAAAUUAGCCAAAACAUCCACAAGUACAAGAUUUUUGCUUAUAAACAAUAGCAUCUUUGUAACAAGGAAAUAAAUAAGGCUAAAUUGUCUUCAUUUUGAUAAUGAAAUUACCAAGCACUGGUAAAUAGUAAUUUUUUUGAA